AUGAAUCCCGACGUAAUCGAUUCUCGAACGGUGCAAGGAUUCGUAGCUGCAGACCGGCCCACGGCUGUACAAUCCGUUACAACGUCACUCGAGCAAUUCGAGUACAAAAUGAACCACGAGCGUCGUGGCGUCGCCCUCAUCUUCAACCACGUGAAAUUUAAAAAUGCACCAACACGCCACGGCAGUAACAAAGAUGCGGAUGAUCUUAAGAAGGCUUUGCUUGCCCUCGGAUUCCACGUGCGCGUGUACGUUGACCUGACGCAGGACCAGGUGUUUGAAAAGCUGGAACUUGCUUCGAAAAAGGAGGACCACAACAAAAAUGAUUGCCUGGUGGUGGUUAUGAUGACCCACGGCGAAACAGGAACGCUGCUGGCGGCGGAUACACAUGCCACCAACAGGCCCCCGUACAAAGUGGAGCGCUUGUGGGAACACUUCGUCGGCGAUGCUUGCCCGGGUCUGGUGGGGAAGCCGAAACUGGUGUUCAUUCAAGCUUGCCGCGGGGAGCAGCUAGACCCCGGCCUGAAGACUCGGCUGGUGCGCGUUGCGGACACGGUCGACGCGAGGGGGACACCGGAAGAUAGGGGCGAAGUUUACUCCAUUCCGACCAUGGCAGACUUGCUGGUGGUGUACUCGACCUACGACGGUCACUACUCGUGGCGCAAUCCCACCAACGGAUCCUGGUUCAUUCAGUCACUGGCCAACAACCUGACCAAGUAUGGAUCAAAGUUGGAUGUGCAGAGUCUGCUUACCGUCGUGCUGCGAAAUGUUGCGUGCAGCUACCAAUCUUGCGUUCCGGGUGACCCGGACAAGGACCAAAUGAAGCAAAUGCCGUGCGUCGUGUCCACACUCACCAAAGCCGUCCACUUCCGUUAG